GCAAGCAGACGCAAAUAGUGAUUUUCUGUGUGUGUGUGUGUGUGUGUGUGUCUGUGUGUGUGUGUGUGUGUGAGAGAGAGAGAGAGAGAGAGAGAGAGAGAGAGAGAGAGAGAGAGGAGGCAGAGUAUGAGCUCAGGUCACUCGUGGGCUUUGUGAAGACGAGGAAAGAGAAGUACAACGACCGGUCGCUAUGUACAAUGGCAUUGGUCUCCAGACCCCUCGCGGGUCGGGGACCAAUGGUUACGUCCAGAAGAAUCAGUUUUUCGUUCGGCCUCGGGCUGUCAAGGUGGAGCACAAGGAGUUCAAGACUGGGGAGGGAACUGGAGGAAUCACAAGGAAAGCCAAUCCGGAAAUCCUGGAGCAUGAUCUAAAACGCCAGAUCGAGCUGAAGAUUCUGCUUCUCAGAGAAGCUCUUGUUGAGCAAGGGUAUACCGAGGAAGAGGUGGCAGAGAGGGUUGAUCAAGCCCGCAAGGAGCUUCAGCAAGCGCCUGCAGGAGAUGCGUUGGCUUUGUCAAGGGAGAAGAAAAAUCCCCAAGAAACUCAUCAGAUUGCAGCAAGAAAGGCAAAGCAGAUGGAAGUAAUGCGGAAUGCACUCGGUUUGGGUGACGUGAAGGAGGGAGAGGCAUUUGACCGGGAACUGCAGGAACAGCGAAAACAAGAGAGGAUUGAAGCGAGGGAGAAAGCAGAGAGAGAAAGGAAACAGAGGGAACUUGAGCGGCUUGAGGAGGAGAAGAGAAGGGAAAAGGAGAGGCAGAAGCAGUUGAAGGAAGAGAAGAAGGAGAUGAAGCGGCGGGAGAAAGAGAGGCGGCGUCGAGAAGAGGAAGAGAGGCGUCAAGAGGAGAAAGAGCGUAGGGAAGAAAAGAGGAGGAAACAGGCAAAGAGGAGACGGGAGGAGGAAGAAGAAUUGAAGGCGGAGAAAAGGAGGAGAGAGCUGCAGAAGAUGCGUGAGGAGGAGGAGGAACGGAGAAGUAAGGAGGAGAGAAAGAAGCGUCAAGACGAGGACAAAAGACGCCAACAGGAGGGGAGGAGGCAGAGAGAGGACAAAAGGGACAAGAAAUAUUCCGUCAAAGACAUUGGGGACGUCAGUGGGCGGAGGGAUGGGAAAGUUUACAGCAGUGAUGAGUCUUCUGGGAAAGACAGUGAAGGUGGCAGCGGAGAAAGAGAGGACAAGAGAGACAGUAGAUAUGGUGCGAAACAAACUGAGGACGUCAGAGGGGGUGUAGAUGUGAAAAGGAACAGCAAGUAUGGCAGGGAUGAGUCUGACGAGAAUGAUAGUGAGGAUGGGAGCUGGGAACGAGGGGGCAAGAGAGACAGAAAGUUUGGUAUGAAAGAGGAUACUGAGGAGAUCAGAAGAGGAAGAGAUGAGAAAAGGAACAGCAGUCAUAGCACCAAAAACGGUGAGGAUAUUAGAGGAGACACAGAUGUGAGAAGGAAUAGGAAGUACAGCAGCGAUGGGUCUGAGGAGAAUGGCAGUGAAGGUGGCAGGGAGGAGAGAGAGGACAAUAGAGACAGGAAGCUCGGUGUGAAACAAGGUGUCGAGGACGUCAGGCGAGGGGGAGAUGAGAAAAAGGAUGGCGGGUACAGAAGCGACGAGUCUGAUGAGAAAGAUAGUGAGGAUGAAUGGGGAGAGAGAGAGGGAAAGAGAGACGGCAAAUAUGUUAUGAAAGACAGUGAGGACGUGAGAGGGGGGCGAGAUGCUAAAAAGGAGAGCAAGUACAGCAACAUGUCUGAUGAGCGAGACAGUGAGGACGGGAGAGGGGGGCGAGAUGCUAAAAAGGAGAGCAAGUACAGCAACAUGUCUGAUGAGCGAGACAGUGAGGAUGGGAGGGGGGCACGAGAGGAGAAACGAGGUGGGAAGCAUGGUGUGAAAGAAGACACGGAGGAUAUCAGAGAUGAAAAAAAGGUAAGCAAGUACAGCAGCGAUGAGUCUGAUGACGAAGACAGUGAGGAUGACAGAGGGAAGAGAGGGGAUAGGAGAGACGGGAAAUUUGGCACCAACGACAGGGAGAAUGUUGGAGAAGAUCGACACGAGGAUGACAGAGGGAAGAGAGGGGAUAGGAGAGACGGGAAAUUUGGCACCAACGACAGGGAGAAUGUUGGAGAAGAUCGACACAAGGACAGGGACAGCAAGUACAAAAGUGGUGACACUGAUGAGAGGGGUUCUGGUCCUAAACCGAUGGCUCGUUGGUUUACGGCAGCGUCACCUAAAGACAAGGAGGUGGGGCGAAAGAUGGAUAACGACAGUGGGUCUUCACAGAGUGGUGGUGCACGUGGAAGUAGUCUAGGAAAAACUAGACUAGAAGGCAGCGCGAGUGAGGUGAGUGCGCACAUGCACAAGCGAAGCGAAGAGAGACGGACUGAUGUGACGAGUAAGGAAGACCAUGGGACAGAGGGGCAGGAAGCAGUGCGUCAGAGAAAGGAACCGGCUGCCGAUCUCAAAACAUUGCCCCGUACAGAUGAGAAGAAAGAGCAUGGAGCUGGAAGUAGGCUGAAGAGUGAUAAUCCUUUGGACAGAAAUUUACAGCAGGUGAGACCUGGCGUGGUGACGAAGAAGAGGGCACGGGGAAUUCAGAGUCGCAGCAGAAGUGAAAGUGAAAGGUCGACCUCUGAGUCAAGCUCGAGCUUGAGCUCUGAUUCGAGCUUCAGCUCGAGUUUGAGCUCCAGUGAAAGCAUGAGUUCAGACUUGAGCUCGACAGAGACCUCAGGUUCAAGCUCCAGUUCCAGUGGAGAGUCGAGUGAGGCUGAGUCUGAGCGCAGUGGACGGGGAAGAAGAAGUUCUGGCAGGGGCAAAGCUAAUUCAUCAAAACUGGGCAGUGAUGUGAGGCCAAAGGUUGCGGGCAAUAAACAAGAACGUGGCAGGCAAGCUGUGGCGAAGGUUGUGUGUGGAGGACGGAGCUUGGACCCUUCUCAGAGACAAGUGUCUCCCAAGAAAAUUGAUGAGAAGGGACGAAGGAAAAAGGAGUAUAGUGGUGGGGACAGCUUAGAAAAACGCGCAGCAACCGAGAUGCAGCCGAAAGACAUGGAGGGGAAAGAGAGGCAGGGGAAAGAGAGGCAUGCGGGGGAAAAGAGAGAGAGUGAUACCCUGGGAGAGAAGCCUGUGAGAGCCCAUGAGCAUGUGUGGAUACAGCCGGAGGAGCGAGAGAAACGGGGCAGGGGUGAGGAGAGAAGAGAGAGGAGCGAGCGGGUGGACACGAAAGUAGGGGUAAGGGAGAAAGAGGACAGACAGAGGGAAAGGAGGAGGGAGGAGAGAGAGAGUGAGCCACGAGUUACAAGUGGACAAGUAGACAGAAGGGAAAGGAGAGAUGACAUAGACAGGAAAGAUGAAAACAGGCGAAUGGAGAGGGGGCGAAGAGAUGACAGAGUUUGGAGAGGUGAGAGGGAUCGACGGGAGGAGAGGGAUUGGAGGGAGGAGAGGGAUCGGCGGGAGGAGAGGGAUCGGGGAGUGGAGAGGGAUCGGCGAGUGGAGAGGGAUCAGCGACAGGAAAGGGAUGGACGAGAGGCGGAGCAAAGAGAUGGGAAGGAACGGAGGGAGGGGAGGGAGGGGAGAGAAGUGAAGUGGAGAGAGGAGAGGGAGCAGAAUGAUCAGAGGGUAGGGAGAGGGGAGAAAGAUUGGAGGAAUAAAAGGGACCCGAGGGACAGGAAGGAUGGUAGAGACGAGAGGGAUUUGAGAAUUGAUAAUAGAAGUAGAAGGGGAGGGAGAGGAUGGCCUAAUGAGAGGAGUAAGGAUGGUUGGGGAGAUGAACGGAGAGACAGCAGAGAGGGAAGCUGGGAAGACAGAGUGGAGAUAAGACAGCCAAGGGGCGGUAGACCUUCAGAGCAAAUGGACAAGGAGAUCCAGAAGGUAGACACCAAAGCCACACGGGGUGAGGGCAAGAAACGAAGGCAUUCAUAUUCUUCAGAUAGCAUCAGCAGUGGCAGCAGUAGCACCAGCAGCAGCAGUAGCGGAGGUUCUGAGUCCAGUAGUGGUGGUACUGAUUCUGAGAGCCCUCAGAAGAGCAGAAAGCGACGUCGCCAACGGGGUCCCAGUGAUUUAGAGUCCGAGUAAUCUGGGUGUCUUAUGUUGAUCAUUGCUUUCUGGGUGCACUGCUCAGCUCACACUUGUAUGCACGAGGGCUGAUGGGUGGAGGAAUGGUGAGGCAUGGUGGUCAUUCCUCGAAAUAGCAGGACAUCUUCAUUCCAGUUGUUGAAUUGCAUUGCGGCAUUCUGUCACCUGACACCUUCUCUUCAGGUCUGGUGAACCAUACGCCACAUUAUCCCGCAUAACAGGUCAUAACAUUCAUCAGAAGCAGGUGCGAGGUACGAUUACGAACCUGGGUUGUUGCAUCGUGAGUGUUGGCAUGCAUUCUCAGACUUGUUCCUUUGUCAUUUGUAAUAGUGGAACUGUUUCUGCAUUGUCAUCCGCUUGCAUUGUCUCUCUAGGAAGCAGUGGAGUUCCCAGUUCGAGUGGAGAUGAUGACAGUUGUUGGGACAGGGGUUGCAUCAAAAUUGCGGUGAUGUGUACCAUUUGCUAUUCUUAGGGAUUCUGUUAGAAAGGUCUGCGUGGACCUAGCCAUCACUGCGUAGGAAGAAAUCAGCAUUUAGAGGCAUGACGUAAUCACUACAUGUGUUCUCUGUGAGCAGUUGUAUUGCGGUCGGGAAGCAGGAAGCUCACCUGACAUCUAUGUGAGUUGCCUCCCCUUGCGGCUCCCAGUGAUCAGACAGUUUGUGCUGUAGGCAUUCGGGAAAGCUGGUCAUGUGUGGUAACCGACAUGUGUCUUGGGCCACGGUGCCUGAGUCUUUGUCGCGGACAUGCUCAGCAGUGGGGAGAACAUCCCAGUUCUCUCUCUCUCUCUCUCUCUCUCGUUCUUCCUUUCUUUUGUUGUUUGUCAGCUCAACCUGUUUGCAUCAUGGGAAAGUCCCAAUUCUCUCUCUGUUGGUUUUUGUGCUUCUGAUCCAAGUUUCUGUUUUUUCGCUUUGGCAAUGCGCGUUGUCUCGUGUUACCAUGUGUUGCAUGGCAGUUGUGGGCAUUUUUUUCGCGUUUGUAAUGUUGAUCAAUCGUGGUUGGAGGCGAGGAGCCUCUUGUACAUCUGAGGCCUUGGUCAGACUCGUCACAAAACCUUCCUCUGCGGCAUCCACUUUAUGUGCAACAUGCUUAACAUGCAGCAUAUCGUUGAAGUGUAAUCUCUUUCACUCAGGCUUUCUCUUUUUGCUAUGUUCCUGUUUGGACUCUACACUCUUAGAAGUAUCAUCAGAGAGUGUCUGGUAGUGAGGAUCCUAUUUAGCCAACUGUUUCAAGAGCUUCCGUUUGUGGACCGCGAACUGCCCAAUGCGACUGAGCGUGUGCACUGGGGCUCUGAUUUUUCUGGUUGCCUCUCUGUGUCGAGCAAAUCGUCACGUUUGCUGUAUUCGGAUAGCUGUUUAGAUCGACUGAGGAGAGCACCUUGACCUAUUUCACUGGCUCCACAAGGUGAUGAAUGAAGCCCCCUUGUUCUGCCUUCGUCUCUGAGAGUCCAAAUAGGGUACAGGCAUUGACAGGCAGAACCCUGUUAUAUAGUUUUUUUCUUUUUUGUUUUGGGACGAAUUUUCUUGUGGUGGCAGUGCACGCUUCUUUAGUCUUGGCUUUGUUUCUGAGGAUUUCAAACAGGGUCGGCAUGAGCAGGCCGGUAAUUUUUCUCGGAUUUGCUUUUCUUUUGCUGGCACGCUGUGAAAGUUUGUGAAGCUUAAGUUCAAGUUCGUCUGGAAACCUGUGGGCCUUUCUUAUCCUGGUUCCUGGCUGCCUGAUGCUGGUCGUCCUUUCACAGGCCAAGCUUAAGCCUAUCUCAUGCUGAGGAAUUCUCUGCUCUGAAAAGCACUGCUGCUCUGAGGAACAAAAGUUUUUGCAAGAA